AUGAAGGCCUUAGAGGAUCAAGUAGUCCAAGAAGAAGCAGGAUACCAAGAUGAUGAGGAAUCCUUUUUUCAGGAUAUUGAUUUGCUACAAAAGCAUGGAAUUAAUGUAGCUGAUAUUAAAAAAUUGAAAUCAGUGGGGAUCUGCACUAUCAAAGGAAUCCAGAUGACAACAAGACGGGCACUGUGCAAUGUGAAAGGGCUUUCAGAAGCCAAAGUGGACAAGAUUAAAGAAGCAGCAAACAAGCUUAUUGAACCAGGCUUCCUGACUGCUUUUGAGUAUAGUGAAAAACGGAAGAUGGUAUUUCAUAUUACUACUGGCAGCCAGGAAUUUGAUAAACUGCUGGGUGGUGGAAUCGAAAGCAUGGCAAUCACUGAGGCCUUUGGAGAGUUCAGGACAGGAAAAACUCAGCUAUCUCACACUCUUUGUGUGACAGCUCAGCUUCCAGGACCAGAUGGCUACACAGGUGGGAAGAUUAUCUUCAUUGAUACCGAAAACACUUUCCGACCGGACCGUCUUCGUGACAUUGCUGAUCGCUUCAGCGUUGACCAUGAUGCAGUACUUGACAAUGUGCUGUAUGCACGUGCAUAUACCAGUGAACAUCAGAUGGAGUUGCUUGACUAUGUAGCAGCCAAGUUCCAUGAGGAAGCUGGUAUCUUCAAGCUAUUGAUCAUAGACUCCAUUAUGGCACUCUUCCGUGUGGAUUUUAGUGGUCGUGGAGAGUUGGCUGAACGGCAACAGAAACUUGCACAGAUGCUGUCAAGGCUCCAGAAAAUAUCAGAAGAAUAUAACGUGGCUGUGUUUGUGACCAAUCAGAUGACUGCCGAUCCAGGAGCAACUAUGACCUUUCAGGCAGAUCCAAAGAAGCCCAUUGGGGGCCACAUCCUUGCACAUGCUUCAACUACCAGGAUUAGUUUGAGGAAAGGGAGAGGGGAGCUGCGUAUUGCAAAGAUAUAUGACAGCCCUGAGAUGCCUGAAAAUGAAGCUACAUUUGCAAUAACUGCUGGCGGGAUUGGGGAUGCCAAAGAAUAG